GUCACAGCAGUUUUCACACAGGUGUCAGAGGAUACAGUGUCUGAAACUCAAGAGUGGCUGCAGUGAGUGAAGCGUUUUUACUGCAUGUGUGGGUUUCCACGGCUUCAGUUGUGUGGCAUGUCACUUGCUGUGGGUGACUGGGUGUCUGUCCAUUGUCUGUGUGGUGGAGGCAGAUACAGUUACACCGCAGUGUCACCCUCCUCCUGCAUGUCACGGCUCUUGCAGCACUCACAUCAAGCUGUACUUUUGUCCUGCAGCAUCACACAGCUGCCUGAAUCGUGCGUGUUUUUGUGUGUUUUAUUUAAAAUUCCUUUACAUUAUGUUUUAUAUUCAGGUCCAGUGAGGUCAAACAUUACAUGAGUACCUAGUGGAAAUGAAUCCAACACUCCUGACAGAAUCGGAGGAAGGAAGAAGAGGAAAACGUUGGUCUGGACACAGUCAGCAGCAGGGGUUUAACAGCUGACUCUGAGCCAAACAACAACAAGAAGAAAGAGCAAACACAUGCUAGCUAUUUUUCUCAAAACAGCCAUGGGUGGUCGUCUUUAAAGAGGAAUUAGGAUUCUCCCCGGAGGAUCUCCUAAAUGAUCCGAGAAGGACAUGAAAGUGGAUCCACUGCAGAGGCUCAAGGAAUAGACUCAUCCCAGGAAAAGCAAGUGGAUCAACUCCUACUCUGAUUUUAAGGCGCCUGCACUCGGCCUAGAAUGCCUGAGCGAGUGAGUGACUUCCAGGGUCAGAGCUUUCACAAGCUGAGGCGAGCCUGCCUGCGUCGAGGUGCGCUCUUUAAAGACCCCCUCUUCCCCACAACUGGCCAGUCCCUCUUUUACAAACGGGAGCCUCCGCCUGGACUGACCUGGAAGAGGCCGAGGGAAAUAUGCAAAGAUCCUCGUCUUUUUGUCGAUGGCAUCAGCACUCGUGACCUGCACCAAGGCAGUCUGGGUAACUGCUGGAUGGUGGCUGCCAUUUCCUGCCUAGCAUCUGAGCCAUCUCUUUGGAAGAAGGUCAUCCCUGAUCAUGAAGAUCAGGAGUGGAACCCAAAGCGCCUUGACUUGUAUGCGGGAAUAUUCCAUUACCGCUUCUGGCGCUUUGGCCGCUGGGUGGACGUGGUUGUUGACGACUGUCUGCCAGUCAGCGGGGAUGGGGUGCUGCUCUUCUGUCGCUCAGCUACACCGCGAGAGUUUUGGAGCGCCCUGCUGGAGAAGGCCUACGCUAAACUCAACGGGUGCUAUGAGGCCCUGGAGGGAGGAAACACUGCAGAGGCCCUGAUCGACUUCACUGGGGGAGUUUCAGAGCCCCUCAGUCUGGAUCGCGAGGCCCUCGUCCUGCAAAGUGACCACAGGAGGACGUUCUUCCAGACGUUAACCAAGGCCCAUGAAUGCAAAUCCCUCAUUACUUGCUCCAUACGGCCAGCAGAGGGAGAGACAGUGGAGUCCGUGUUGGACUGUGGCCUAGUGCGAGGACACGCUUACGGGAUCACAGCAGUGAAGAGGCUGAGGUUGGGGGACAAGAAGACGGGUCGAGUGUCCAGACUCUUCAUGGUGCGAAUGAGGAACCCAUGGGGGACCACAGACUGGACAGGUGCCUGGAGUCAGAGCUUUACCAUUUCUGCUCUGCUGUCUUUGAGUUUAUUGGCCUUGCACGCCCCCUGCAGGUCACAGGAGUGGCAACAGAUGAGUCGCGCAGACAGGGAGAAGAUGGGCCUCAAUGUUCGAGACGUUGGGGAGUUCUGGAUGGAUUUCGAGGACUUCUGUCACUACUUCACAGAUGUGGUGGUGUGCAGGCUGGUGGAGAGAGCUCUGCUGUGGCCACACUCUCACUGGAGAGAAGAGCGCUGCCAUGGGGAGUGGGCUCCGGCUCCCACCACACCUGGGUCACCUCCAUCCAUCAUCCUCCACAGCAACUAUGCUCUGACAUUAGGUAAAACCAACAUAAAACCCAGGGGGACUGAGCAGCGGGGGAACCGCAAGGAGGCCCGGCUCGGUGAGAGUCAGCAGCAGAAGAGAGGACGGUGUGAGCAGGGUAAAACAGUGAGAAAAGUGGUGAAAGAUGAUGGUGGAGAGAGGAACGGAGGAUGGGAGGCACAGACGGAUAAGAGGAGUCGAUGUGGAGGAUGCAUCAACCACAGAGAGACUUUCCUGCACAAUCCACAGUUCAUGUUUGACGUCAGAGACAAAGAGGAGGAGGUGCUCAUGUGUCUGCAGCAGGAGGACAGGAGGAUACAGAGGAAAGAUGGAGGAGGGGAGAACCUGCCUAUUGGCUUUGAGGUGCUGAAGGUGGAGGUGAACCGCUGCAGCCGGGUGCAGUGCGUGGUGGAGCAGGCGGCCAGCUCCGUCUACAUGGACUCCCGCAGUGUCACGCUGAGGGCAACGUUGGCUACAGGCCGCUACGUCGUGCUGCCCACCACCUUCCUGCCGGGCGCAACGGGUCGCUUCCUGUUACGACUCUUCUCCCAUUCUCGUGUCAGACUCAGGGAAUUGAGGGAGGAUUUGCCGUCUUCCUCUAUGUUCCAUUGUUUUCUACCUCAACCUUCAGUGGUGACCACAGUCCACCUCCGCAGGGCGUCAAGACUCAGUCCUCCCAAAGAGACAGCUCCAGAUGUUUAUGCCAUAGUGCGGUGUGAGAAUGACACCAUCAGGACGCGAGUGUUCAAGGCCGAGGGAAACCCAGAGUUCAACUUCAGAGUCAUCUUCUACAGGAGAUACCCCGAGGCGCACAUUUCUGUCGAGUUAUGGAGCAGAGGUUUACUGUGGGACACUGUCCUCGGCACGGCUCGACUCCAGACAGUGGAGUCUGAGAGGACUCGCAGCCUCGUGAUUGACCUGCGAUUGACCAGCCAGUCCGGCUCUCGACACAGAGGCUGCGUUCACGUUGAGACGUCCUCCAGUCUCUGCCUCACAGACUUGUGACAGCAUCCUUGGUAACUACAUCAAUCCAUGGCAACCACUCUCCUCCCUGCUGCCAAACUUACUUUAGUUGUUUCUUGUUUUUUUUUAAAUAAUAUUCAUUAAUCAUACGCUUGUCAUAUUUGCUGUUGCUGUCAUAUUUAUUUCUGACUUUAUUUCUGUUGUUUGAAUGUAAAUGUACAAAAUCACAUUUGCAUUUUG